UAUAUGGUUGAGAUUGGAUAUCUGUAGAUAUAUGAUUGCAUAUCUGAAUGUUUGAAUAUGUGUUUAAAACAAAACCAUGAGGACUAUGUUAGAUUUAUAGUACCGUGCAUUAAAAAUGGUAUUGCAUAAUUAUUCAGAGUAAACAUUUUAAACUAUUUUCAAGGGACGCAGUAGCUUCACCAAAGACACAUAUGCAAUAGAAGGAUUAUAAUCUAUAGUAUAUUCGGACAUAUCAAAUCAUACCUUUGGUCUUAUACCAGUCACCGCUAAAACAAGUUUACUGUUAUAAGCUACAUGUACCAGAAAUUGCGUCAAAGAAAAACUGAUAGGAUGGAAACAAUUAAUGUGUCUGUAUUUCACAUUAUACAUCAAAAUGUAUGCCAGAGAAGGAAUUAAGCUUUGGACAUCCUGUUCACAUUCCGGACGUUUUAUCGGCCGUCAAUUCUUCCUCCUUCUAAACUUUGUUUUGUUUGCAGCGAGAGCGAAUGAUGCUGGAGAGCCCGAGAUUCUCAUGGAAGGCGAAUGCAAACAGAAUAUCGGACCAGGCACCAGCGUAACAAUCACACACGUGGGGACGAAAUGCCUGUUCUAUAAACCUAACCAUAGAUGUCCAAUAAUUACCAUAGAUGACAGUCUCGGUGCUGAUAUCGAAUACCACCAAGCCACAGACGGCGACAGUUUCAGCGCAGGGAUCACGCUAAGAAAGGUAUUUAUGAGAUGUAACCCUUAUAUCCAAGUUGAGGGCACCGUUGACUCGAUGUUAAGUGACAAAACAAGACUUUGUCUAAAAGUGAAUUUUACUGAAGAUCAACUGGAAGGUGAUCGAUGGGGUGAAUACAAGGACAUAGCCUUGAACUGUAGACUCAAAUUCAGGGCAAUAACAUAUGUAGUUCUAAGAUUUUAUUAUCUACUAAACCCCUGCACAUCUUCAAGUGAUGAUCCGCAGUUGUUUUGUAAGACGUUUGAAGCCGUAAGAACCACCCCAUUAUCAGCACCCCCGAGCAGCACAUCAUCAGCAACCACGAGCAGCACACCGUCAGCAAACUCUUCUUUUUCUUUCGAUUACGUCCCUAUAGCAGUUGUAGCUCUCAUCUUGUUCACAUCCGUCGUUGUCGCCAUGGUUAUCUGGUACCGAGCUCGUUGUUCGACAACAGAAACACAACGAGGUUACAGGGGCCAUACACGUGGACUGGAUACACUAUGUUGUUUAAGGCAACAGGCUACGGACCAAUUAAGGAACAAUUCAAGACAGGAAACUGAAAUGAUUGAAGUCAUGCCUGAACUCAAUGGUAACGAACCGGACUAUCGUGGACGGUGUCCGAUUGAACGUGUUGACUGUUGUAUAACUAGCGUGUGACAAAACUCAUGUACCAUGCAGAACACAAAUGGUUCGGACUCACGGAUAUGCAACUUUCUUUACAAUUAUAUGUUUUGUCGGUUUCUUAAAGAAUUCUGGACAAUUAGAAACCAGAUUCAGAAGAGAUGGGCAAGAACAAUAGGACAACCCCGAUGUUGUCAAUUAAAUUUAUUCCGCAACUCAAUGCAUUGUGCACGGCGUUUGUCGUUGGACUACGGAACGCGUUUUCAUCAUCGUACUGUCGCGUAUUCGUUAUCGUAGUUUCGUGAUUUCAUCACCGUACUAUCGAGUAUCGCGUUUCAGAUCAACACAUUCACAGGCGAGGGCCCUAACGGAAUUCUGCAUUGGUCACGUGUGACAUUUCUCUUCACUCCUGUGGCGUGGUCCAGUACGGUCAUCAGAUGUAUAUUUACAAGCAAUAACGAACGACGAUGUUAUAAACUUAUCGAAAAUAAAACAAGCUGGUGUAGUUCAUGUAUGACAUUGAAGUUUAUUGCGAGACUCAACACGGCAUACAUGGUAGCAGUCGAUGGAGGGAACACCGGCACUGCUAUUUGCCCACGAUGUGAUCAAUGAUCGCUUUCUCGUGCUGGAGGUGCUGGAAAGUGAAGCGAUAAGAAUGAGAAUAACUCCGGUGGCAUAAAGUAUUUUCGGAUACUAUAUCUUGUUUUGAAACUAUUAAUAUGCAUGAAUAAGAAAUCAUAUACGACUUGCAGCUGCAAUACACUGUAUACAAAUUGAUUACAAACUUUGACUGAAUCGUGCAGUUCAAGUAAACUUAAUAUCAAGCACACAGUGGUUUCAUGACUUGCUGCAGUUAUGUCCCAUAUUUGUACACAAUGAUUGUGAGUGUAUAAACAUUUGACUGUUUGAACAAAUCUUUGGACACAAAUUAUUAGGUCAUUGUGAAUAUGUGUACACUGAUCAAAUAGUACGUCGUACUGAAGCAGAGGGCAAUGUGGCAACGUAGUUUGUAAAACAAAGUUGUACACAAACCUGAAUUAAAUAGUUCUCGAAGAGAUGCAUCUCUGGUUCCGGCAAAACUGGAAAUCAA